AUGCUGAUCACGCCUCGAACGUAUUUCGCUUCGCAGACGCCAGACCACGCCUUUUCCCGCGUCGAGGGCGCGUCCCGCUUCUAUACACUUGCCGGGUGGCACCAAAGCCCCGUGGAUGCAAGAUCAGCCGCGGAGAUGUUAUUGAUUCAUCAGGUCGGCAGUGUUCGCGUAGGGGAGGUAGCACGAUACACGUUGACCUACACACCAUCUGCCGAUCCGAUCUUGCCCAUUCCGUCCGAACUCCAUGUGAGGGUAAAGAAUUCGUCCGCGAUCCCUCUUCGAGCCGCGUACCUCCAUGGCCCAUAUACGCUCUAUGCAGCCUGUUACCCCUUCAAAUUCGACCCCAAUAGCAAGUAUGACCGGCAGGACACCGAGGGAGCCCCACAGUUUGAACCGUAUCUCAAAGCCGGAGGCAACUGGGAUGCGGUUAUCAAGAUGCCAACGCGGUUCGGAGAUUCCCACAAUCUUGCAGUUGGGCAGCUUGGACCUGACGGAGACAGAAGCAUGACCUGGGUGAUUGAGAUUGUGUCCCAGGUGGUCUUUUCGAAUAGCGCGGCGGUUCACUUUGAGCUGCUCGUCGGCCGCGAUGCGAAAUCCGUGGAGUACUUUUCGGCUGGCGCCGCCUCGGUUAGACUUGGUCCUCCUGGUAAAUUUCAUGAACUUUGGCCCCCAGGCAUCAAGGGUCAACAGGUUCUUACCACAACUGGGGUGUAUUCCAAAUCAAUCACAUUACGUGUCGACGACACGACUAGCUUGUGGAACACUCCGCCUCUACCACCCGGAACACUGGAACCAGCAGAUGACAGGCCAGAAACGUAUCAAGCGGACAUCAAUGCAAGUGAAGACCAAGGGUCAGAGUAUGCGAGCGAGACACAAGCCCACAAGUCACCCAAGAAGAAAAUCCAUCUGGUGGUGAUAACCCACGGAUUGCACAGUAACCUGGGCGCAGAUAUGCUUUAUCUGAAAGAAAGCAUUGAUGCCGCCGCCAAGAAGGCCAAGGAGCAAGCGAGCAACGCCAACGGUGGCCAGAAAACUACAGAGGAGGAUGACGAGCAGGUCAUCGUCCGAGGCUUUUCUGGCAAUGCCGUGCGAACUGAACGCGGCAUUCAAUAUCUCGGAAAACGCCUGGCUAAAUAUGUCUUGCUCAUGACCUAUCCUGAUCAACCAUACUUCCCCCUCAAGGGCUCCAAGUCGAAGUCAUUCCCUCGCCCAUUCAGUGCUCGCAAAGAUCAGGCUGAGCCCUCAUUAGAACCCCAUUCGUCGAUGAACCGGGAUGAUUUCGCAGAUGGGGACAACAACGCCUACCAAGUCACGAGCAUCAGUUUUAUUGGCCAUUCCCUUGGUGGUCUGAUUCAAACAUAUGCCAUCGCUUACAUCCACAAACACUCACCCGAGUUUUUUGACCGAAUCAGACCGGUGAACUUCAUUGCUCUAGCAUCUCCCUUCCUGGGCCUUAGCAAUGAAAAUCCAAUGUACGUCCGGUUUGCUCUGGAUCUGGGCCUUGUUGGACGAACUGGACAAGACCUCGGCCUCAGCUGGACAGCGCCGAGGGUGCGAAGUGGCUGGGGUGCCCUCAUCGGUGGCCGAGGAGACUCGGCCAAUGACCCAAACCAGGCAGAUCCCGGUGCAAAGCCACUUUUACGAAUCCUGCCCUGUGGUCCUGCACACGAGGUCCUUCACAAAUUCCAUCACCGCACCAUCUACUCAAAUGUAGUGAACGAUGGGAUUGUUCCGCUCCGGACAUCGUGUCUCCUUUUCUUGGACUGGCGUGGCCUCGACCGAGUUGAGAAGGCAAGAAGAGACAACGGUCUUGUGGGAACCAUGGCCGAAUGGGGCUGGGCUGAAUUGACGGGGGCGAAUUCCAAGUCUCCGCGAAUGGCGACCUCGCCGGGCGAUGCCAGUGACGGAAUGAAAAGCAGCUACCAGAGCUUCGCCGAUGAAGGCCAAUCCUCUCAGCGGCAGGGAGUUCUUGCCGUGGAGGAUUCAUCGUCGCCAGCCGCCGGUCAAUUUCUGGCACGCAGGCCUUCUUCGCGUGGCAGCAGCACGGUGGAGACAGGGCUGAAAGAGAGUGUCCAUGAAAAUACAUCCGGCCCCCUCAACAGCUUCCUUUCUCUGUUUCGUCCGAAAGAACCUAAACACUCCCCCCGCGGCAAACAUUCUAAAAUCUACAAGCGCAGCCAGACUCUUGCAUCGUUCGACCCCAAUGAAUCGCCGGCACCCAUCGUCCGAGGAAAUUCUAUGUACGAGGAGGAAGGGGUCCAUACGCCUCCGAAGACGACAUUUUUCGAAUCGGCAGGAGACUUGCUGAUGCCGCCAUUACCGCCAACGGACUUUAUCCUGGACCCGGCUGCUCGCCCUCGGACGAUUUUCCAUGAUCGCAUUUAUCAUCCCGAAGAUAUCCCCCAUCCAUUACCGGUAAAGCGACGAACGUUGGCGUUCGGUUCACUACAAAACAAGAGUUCAAAAUCAUCGCCUAAUUCGGCUACUCAACUUCCUUCCGGCGCUGAAACCAAUGCCAAUAGCCACGAAAGUGGGCUCAAAGUCGAGGAAAAAAUCGCCAGAGCUUACCACCGUGAUCUGUCUUGGCGCAAAGUGCUCGUUCGCCUCGAACCCGAUGCACACAAUAAUAUCAUUGUGCGGCGUAUGUUCACUAACGCUUAUGGAUGGCCCGUGGUAAAGCAUCUUGUUGAUACACACUUUGGCCACUCGCCCACCGUCGAGGUCGAUGAUACGCUGAAACGAAGCGUCGACCGUGCCAAGUCCCCGAACGUUGGACCGACUAGCUCGGGUGAUGAAGUCGAAGGCCAAAGUGAUUUUGUUGAGCGGGAUGCGGCAAAGAGCCGUUGCACCAUGCCGGUGCAUUCCCAUGGCCCCGAUCUGUCUCAGCCGCAUGGGCGAUCGGACACCUUUCCCGCAGAACAUGAAUCUUACAAGACUGCGAGUACCCUCGGAAGGUCCCAGUAUACAGACGUCUCUCGACAGGAUUCAGCACGUUGGACUGAUCGGCAGGUGGGUGAAGAUGAUGAUUGCGAAUCCGGACUGGACGAAGAGGACGAGGUAGGCUUUCGUCGGUCCCCACGACCAAACCCCUGA